CCACACAUGUCCAGUACUGGAGCUGUCUGAGGAAGAGGAAAUGUCUCCCUCUGCUGUUGGGUUGGCGAAAUGGUGAUGAUGAUGAAGAUAAAGAGGUGGUUUUAUCAUUCAAAAAUGCCUUGAAAAACAGGCAUUCUGACUGUCAGCGGGGUUGCCUUUCUACAGAUCUGACCUGUAACGUGGCCUGGUUUGGUCUCCAUGAAGAUAAAAAGCCCCAUCCACUCACCCCCCACACAUGGGAGACUGACCGUGACCAAACUCCCUCAGAUGAAUCCACAGGAGUUGCUGCGAGCGUACAGGGAACAACAGUCAGAAGCAGUGGAGAAGUGCCCAGGACCCUCCACUCACUGGUCAGGAGCACCUUACUGUACUGCUGCCCCCGUGACCCAGCCCCGGAUAAACAGAAGAAAAAGGAUUCUCUGUGUGGUGGGUAAAGGCAGGAUGAAGUGGCUGGUUUUGGUGGCUCUUUUUGGGCUGGGUGUGGCCCAACACAACCCUCACAUGAAGAGUGGACGCACCUCCAUCGUGCACCUGUUCGAGUGGAGGUGGGCCGACAUCGCAGCAGAGUGUGAGCGUUACCUUGGUCCCAAUGGCUUCGGAGGCGUUCAGAUUUCUCCUCCCAGUGAGCACAUUAUCGUGAGCAACCCCUGGAGGCCCUGGUAUCAGCGCUACCAGCCAAUUGGCUACAAACUCUGCUCCCGAUCAGGAAGUGAGGCCGAGCUUCGCGACAUGAUCACCAGAUGCAACAAUGUCGGGGUGAACAUCUACGUAGAUGUUGUGAUUAACCACAUGUGCGGCUCUGCGGGCGGAGAGGGCACCCACUCCUCCUGUGGGAGCUGGUUCAGUGCUCCCCGUGAAGACUUCCCCAGUGUUCCCUACUCCAGUUGGGACUUCAAUGACAACAAGUGCCACACAAGCAAUGGUGAAAUUCAGAACUAUGGAGACCCCAACCAGGUCCGUAACUGCCGUCUGGAAGGUCUGCUGGACCUUGCCCUGGAGAAGGACUAUGUCAGGGGUAAAGUGGCGGAGUACAUGAACAAGCUUGUUGACAUGGGCGUGGCUGGGUUCAGAGUGGAUGCCUGUAAACACAUGUGGCCUGGAGACCUGCAGAAUGUGUUUGGACGCCUCCACAACCUCAACACCAAGUGGUUCUCCAGUGGAUCCAGACCUUUCAUCUACCAGGAGGUUAUUGAUCUGGGAGGAGAGGCCAUCUCUGCCAGCGAGUAUUUCCACUUGGGCCGAGUCACAGAGUUCAAAUAUUGUGCCAAACUGGGAAAUGUGAUCAGGAAGUGGAAUGGAGAGAAACUCAGCUACACCAGGAACUGGGGAGAGGGCUGGGGUUUCAUGCCUAAUGGAGACGCUGUAGUGUUUGUGGAUAACCAUGACAACCAGAGAGGAAGUGGAGCAGGUGGAGCUUCCAUCAUCACCUUCUUUGACUCUCGGCUCUACAAGAUGGCCACCGCUUACAUGUUGGCCCAUCCCUAUGGAAUCACCAGAGUCAUGUCCAGCUACAGAUGGACCCGUAACAUUGUUAAUGGAAAGGAUCAGAAUUACUGGGUUGGUCCUCCCAGCAACAGUGAUGGAUCCACCAAACCUGUUACCAUCAACGCUGACCAGACCUGUGGAAACGGCUGGGUGUGUGAGCACAGAUGGAGGCAGAUCAAGAACAUGGUGAAGUUCCGUAAUGUGGUGAAUGGACAGCCUCACUCAAACUGGUGGGACAACCAGGGCAACCAGGUCGCCUUUGGACGUGGCAACCGCGGAUUCAUUAUCUUUAACAACGAUAACUGGGCCCUUGACGUGACCCUGCAAACUGGCAUGCCCGGAGGAACAUACUGUGACGUGAUUUCGGGUCAGAAGGAGAACGGCAGGUGCACAGGCAAACAGAUCCAGGUGGGAUCAGAUGGACGCGCCAACUUCAAAAUCAGCAACCAGGAUGAAGACCCGUUUGUGGCCAUUCAUGCCGAGUCCAAGCUGUGAACGACAUCAUGUUUUCACCCACAUAAUCUCAAAGCUGUAUAACACAGCAUGUGUUUCAUGUAAUUCCUUGUUGAGCCAUCAUGUCAUGUUACAGCCACUUCGUCUCAGUGACAGAGAUGUCCAAAGUCAGUAUAAUUUUAGCAAUUCGAUUGAGCAAAAAGACAGUUUUGUUUACAAAUUGAAUCAAUUAAAUAAAC